AUGAAUCCCUACUUUCCCUCAACAGCGUCCGAGAAGGAAAAGUAUCAGCAUCCGGCUCCUCCGCAAUUCCUUCGGAAGCCUGUUGCGCCGCCGCCGACUCCGCCGCCCGUGUACAGUGCUUAUCCUUCGCCGCAAUUCGGCUCCGCAUAUGCACUACCGUCGCCUGCAGCGCCGUCUGCUUCUACUUCUACUUCGCCGUGUCCAUCGCCGUCGCUAAAGACUCAUUUUGAGUCUUAUAAUCCUUCUUCGGGUUCAUACAAUCCUUCACCAGCGUCGUACAGUCCUUCUCCGGCUUACAGCCCUUCUCAAAGCUCAUUCAAUCCGCCUCCAGCUCCGUACAGUUCUACUCCAAACCCCUACAACCCUUCUUCAUCUUCAUACAACCCCUCAUUAAUUCCUCCACCUCCACCUCAAAGACCUCUACGUCCUGUUCGUUCUGCUACGAACCUCACCAGCGCUCAUGCCCCUCAGCAAUCAGGCUUCUUAGACCCUAGAGGAACUCACCAAGUUGACUUUGUCGUCGAUGACCUUCCCACGCCAACAUCGCUUAGUCCCGGUCUAAGUCCAACACUACCAAACGAUCUCCCAGCGCAUGAGAUCCGUCGUGUCAAGAGUUCUUCUGCCCUAUCAGCUGCAUUGUCCACACAAGAAGAACAGCCCAAAGACUCGUCGAAAUGGAAAUCUGCAUUGGGAGAAGCGCAGUAUUUUGCUGGUGGUCUCAUCAGUCAUCCCGCCGAGUCAAAUAAACAUUUCAGCAUCAUCCGUCACUCUCACGCUUUGGUCUGGUAUCGUGGUCCCGCUACGUCUGUACCCAUUACAAUCCUCGCAGACGAACCGCUUCCACCCACGAGAACGAUAUGGAUGCAGCAAAAAGGCUACUCGGGGAGUGUAGGCAUGUCCCUCAAAGCCCUGAUGGGUACAACGGGGACUUGGCUCAACGUCACACCCGCUACCAGAGCAAGCGUUGAACAUCUCCCCGAAGCUGAUGAACGGGGUAUCCAGCGCGACUUUAAACGUUUCGUCAAGAAAGCCUCCGGGAAAUUGAAGAACCACAUCCCCAGAGAGACGCACAUUGUGCGCAUCCCUGCUGCCGCGACAGAUGGAUACUUUCGUCUCGUCGUCUGCGCUGGGGAAGAUAACAAGAAGAUCCUCUGCGGAAGUCCUGUGUUUCGCAUAGCGAGUACAUCUACAGACGUGAGCACCGUUCGUGGAUCGAGUCUCAGCACCAUGCCUUUGGAGAUGGGCAUCAAAGUCGCCACCACUAUUGGAUCACAGGUCGCUAAAAAGUACACCGGUGUUGCAGGUGUAGUCGUCGAACAGGGCGCCAAGCGACUAACACCGACAAACGCAACGAUUAAAAAGGUCGCGCACACGGCGUAUCACAAAACGGGUUUGGGAGCAGCUGUCAGCGAGACCUGGAAGAAUGGGAAAGCAGGACGUUAUGAUCCCUUGGUCGUAGGAAGUGGUCUUGAUGCCCCGUUACAGAUUAUCGGUACCGACGAUGGCCCCGAAGCGCCGUUUCCGUAUAAAUUCGCUGGUAAAGUUGUACGAGGAACGGGGAUUUCCACAAGAGAGUACGGUAUUCCGACUGCCAAUCUCAGUGAAGUCGGAGACGACGUCAAGAUGCGCAUGGGUGGCGUGUUCGCAGCAUGGGCGCGCGUGACACCUACCAACAACACACCAACCGAAGACUUUGACGAUGACUGGCACGAAGCAAUCGUUACAAUCGCGCCUUUACGAAAUGCACCACCGGGUGUAGUCCAGCGAAAUAAAGUAUGCGUUCACAUCCUACACGAUUUCGAAGACACGCUGUUCUUUGAGAUGAGGAUGAAGGUCAUGCUGAUGGGCUACCUACACGCUGCGUCUACGACACUGUCUAGUGAAGAUAUAGUGGAGGAGCAUUCGCGCGAUGUUAUGACUACGAUGGCGAGUUUGGGUAGGGACGCAUGGGGUCCUGAGGUGAAUUUGUCUGCGACGAGGGCGGCGAAGAGCGAUAGAGGGUUUAAGGAGAGAUUGGGGGAUGCGGCGGGGGUUGUGCAGGGGGGGUUGGAUAGGGUGCCGUCGCAUUGGGUUGGAGUGAGGAGUGAGGGGAUGGAGAUGAGGGAUCAGGUUUAUGGGAAUGGAGGGUUGUGGGUUGUUAGGUGA